AAUGGAGUUGGAUUUGUCGGAUUAUACUUUAGAUUCCAACGAGUUUUUGAUAUUUCCUGGGUUAGAUCCAUCAUUUACUAGUUUCAACAGUUUUACCGAUAGUUCUUCAAAUAUACUCAAGGAACAGGAACAGAAUACUAGAAGAUUAGAAACACAGGUUGUGAGAAGCCCUUCAGCUUUGAAUUCUUGGUUAGAUAAACCAGGUUAUGAAGGGCUGGAAGGGCACCAAGGAUUGGAAGUGAAGGGAGAGAAGAGAAAGUCUGAGACUAAUUCACAAAAUAGCAAACCUAUUGCCUGUGUUGUUUGUAGGAGAGAAUUUUCGGACAAGACAUUAAUGAAACGUCAUGUUCGGAGGGUUCAUUUUAAGCCACAGGUAUUAUGCUCUGAGUGUGGAAGGAGAGUAGCUGUUGAAAAUAUGAAGAAACAUAAACAAAACCAUUAGAAUUCUUAUCUCUUUUUAAAAAAUGUUUCUCUCUGAAAAGAACUGGUAACAAGAAAAUAAAUCUGAAAAAGAAAAUAGAGAGAGAGAGAGAGAUAGCAUUUUUAUAACCAAACUUCGAACAACCAUUUUUGGCACAUGAAUAAAAUAAAACGAAAAUCAUCUAGUCAGUCAAAAAGUUAUCAAAAAUUGAAAUAUUGUCCUCGGGGGGGAAAUUAUAUAUAUGUGAGAAAAAAUUGUCAGAAAAUUGAAAGAAAUUUUAUUAAGAAAGAGUGUUGUUAAAAGAUAUAAGAACUCGUUUAACUCAAACUUAUAUGAACCAACUGCAACAAACAUUCAACCUAGAUUUCAAAUAAUAAUAAAUCUUGAAUGGUAGAAAACUUAACAUUUCAAAUCUUUUCUGUGAUGUAAUUUUGCGUGCCUUAAUAUGUCAGAAACUUGUCCCUAAAAAUACCUGAUCUUCAUAAUAUAUAUUGUUUACGUUACAACUUCAAGAAAUGAAAAUUAUAUUGAAACCAAAAUCCAAUAUGUAAAGAACUAAAUAUUGAUCCAAUUUAACAAUUAUAUUUCAGAAAAUACCAAAAUUUAAGUUUGGGAUAAAUUUUUAAUAUGGGUGAGAAGAGAAGCAAUGGUGUUCAUCAUAUCCCUGUGGAUAUUCUCGACGAAAUUGCUGCAAGAUUUAUCGUAAACCUGAACCAGGAGGAGAGACAAGAUAUAGUCAGAAUUUGUUUCCAGGUUGAAGAGGCGCAUUGGUUCUAUACAGACUUCUAUGUAAACCAAAAACCAGAAAUGAAUCUUCAGUCUGGUACAAUGCGGAGUUUCACUGAACAUAUUUUUCGUCAUGUUCCAUUUCUGCAGAGUCAUGUGAAUAAUGUGGACGAUAUUCUUACGCUAUGGAGAACAUAUAAGCUGAAAGUGCCAACCUAUGGUGCAAUUAUUCUAAAUACUAAAAUGGACAAGGUUCUACUAGUCCAGGGUUUCUAUGCUCGAUCUAGCUGGGGGUUCCCUAAAGGAAAAAUAAAUCAGGAUGAAGAACCACAUAUUUGCGCUGCAAGGGAAGUAUAUGAGGAGACCGGAUAUGACAUUACCUCAAAGGUGGAUCCUGAAGUUUAUGUUGAACACAUGUUGAAUGAUCAGCCCGUAAGACUCUACCUAAUCCCUGGGGUUCCAGAGAAUACAAAGUUUGAACCCAGAUCCAGAUGUGAGAUACGAGAUAUCAGAUGGUUUGAUAUUAAUCUUCUUCCUUUAAACAAAUCUGAUCAGAAUUGUAAAAUCAAGAAUGGGUUUAACCCAAACAGUUUCUACAUGGUCAUUCCUUUUAUUCGUGAAGCUAAGGCUUGGGCCCAAACUAAACUUUGGCAGAGAUUACAAUUUCAGGAUGAACCUCAAGAAAAAGGCCGAAGUGGCCGGAAGUCGGUCCCCCGGACCAAACAGGAAGACGGCCGUACACCGGCUUCUGGUGUGAAGGAGAGAAAGAUCUCUGUCCCAGGAUUAAAACAGCAGACAGAUCGAAGAACCCCAGGCUCUAGCUUUAAACCUUCUCAAUCCUCAGUAUCUAGGAACAUGGAGGUAGAGAGUAGUGAAUCUAGAAGAAAUCAGGAGAAUAUGAGGAAUUCCAAGUCUAAGGUAAAGGGAAGCAGAAGACAGCUCUUUGAAACUGGUCAAGAUACCUCCAGAGAGAGUACAGUUACCCCACAGGAUAAACUUGGAUCCUUUCGUCCGGCCCUACUCCCUACUCCAGGAUCAAAUCCAGCCCAACUCCCUACUCCAGGAUCCAAUCCAAUCAAUAACUUGAAUAAAUCUAAAGAGAAUCGAUCCAACCAACAACCCUCUCUUCUUCCACCAAACUUCUGUCCUAAAGCUUGGUCAAACUUCAGGUUGGAUGAAAAUACUCUGAUAAGUGCGUUUUUUAAUACAGCAGGCAAACCAAGAAUAAAAUAGUUGAACAAGAAUGUGAAUCAAUUCGUCCAAACCACUCGGAGGAAAUCAAGACCUUUCUGUUAUUUUCUUGAAUAGAAACUUGUACAUUGUACAUUACAUGCAUAAAAUACUAAAUUUUUAUUUUAUGUCAAUGUAAAUAGUGUAUGUAUUCCAUGAUUAUGAGAAAUGCAGAUCUUUUCUUUAAUUUUGGCACAUUUAACCCAAAUGGAAGAAAACGUUUAUUAGUUUAUUGAAGACGACUUUCAACUGGAGCUUUACAAAUUUUUGACUGGUUAAAAUAUUUAUUAAUAUACAGAAAGUUAUCAUCAAACAAUCCAUGCUGUUGAACGUUCAGUUAAUUAUUUUGUAAGAUGAUAUUAUUUAUUGUUACGUUUUUUGAUGUAAUUGUUACGUCAUAACUAUUAAUAUUUGACUUGGUGACCCUUUUCCUUAUAAAAAAACUUUGUAAAUGCAGACUACCUGAGCAAUGUUGUAUAGUGUUGUACAGUACCAUUAUGCACCGUGCACAUCUUGUACAGUACAACUGACUGGUUGUCCCAAUAAUGGUAAUUAAGAGACGAAUAUGUAAUCGUCUUUGUUAAGAAUUAUCGUUUUAAUACCCAAAUUCAUUGGUCAAAAUAAAGUUACGUCUGCUAGAGUAAAUCUUAUGUAUACGGUAUUAGACUGUAAGUACAACAAUAUGCAGUGAAAGCAUAAACAAAUUUAAAAAAAAACAAAUUCUGUACUCUUGCAGACGAACAUCUACGGACUACAUCACCAUACUAAAUCACAACAAAGCCGAUAUCAAAAGCGUCUGUUAAUUCACAUGGUUAUUGGGACACCAUGUAUAGGUUAUCCAAAUUCUUCAAUUCAUAUUUAUCAGUAUUAAAUCUAAAUAUAAUAGUUUUAGAUCUCUUGUGUGAAAAGUUUGGAUGGACUAAAAUUCUUUAACUUUUCAUUUUAUCCUUGAGAGUUAAAACUUGUAGGUGCAUUUGCAUUUUUAUAUAUUUGUAUAUUGUAAUAUAUUUUGGUGUAAAAAGUGUAAAUAAACCUGAAAUGUGAA